AUGAAUCCCUUUAAAAUGAGUCGGUCGUAUAUUUUAAUGGAGAAACUCGAUGGUCAUAUUCUUUCAAAUAAAAAAGAAAUUUUAUUUGGUGGUGAGAAUGAAGAAAUUCAAAUUGACAAAGAAAGUCGUGAAUUACUGUGUGUUGGAAACUCGUCUAAAAGUAAUGUAAAAAUGCAAAUCACAACAAAAAAUCAAUGCGACAAAUACACAAUACACACAGAACCAAAAAUAGUAAAUUUGAUGAGUGGAUACGCCUGUGAAUUUGAAAUCUUUUUGACACCACUAUGUACAAUGAAUUUGAACGACGAAGUUGUUAUAAUUUUUCUUGAUUUGAAUAAUAGUAUCGAGCAAACAACACACGUAAAAAUAUCAGCACAAGUUGAAAAAUCAACAAAACUUGAUUAUGACGAAAUCAAAGAAGACAAGAAACUUGGCGAAGGCUCUUUUGGUAUUGUGUUUAAAGGAAGUUACAGAGGAAAUGUCGUUGCAAUAAAGAAAAUGAAACAGUCGAAUGACACGGACAAACUAAUAAAAGAAUUUGAAGGUGAGGUGUGUAUGAUCAUAGUGUGGCCUUUUAAACUUUUUAUUUAUAUAAGACUGAAAACUAUUUAUAUAAGGCAUUUUGUGCUUAAAAAGUUUGUAAUAUCAAAACAACGUCCACAAUUUUGGGAAAUUAAUUGUUGUUUAAAUUAUUAUUUGUUUUCAGAUUAUUUAUGUUUUCAUUUAAAUUUAUUAUUAAAUUUUUAA